ACUUCCUAACACAAUGAAUGAACAAACUCCAUCACCUGUGUAUCAUUUAACAGUUGCUCUCUUUGGAAAGCGAAUGUUAUCAAACAAUCACAUUGGAAAGCUGAUCCUUGCAAAUGACGAUGUUUUUAGAAAGAUAUCAAAGGACUUCGGUGUUGGAGAAAACCAUUCAUUCAAAGUUAUCAACGUCCCAAAUUUCUUUGAAGACUGCCCCGCUCCAGACCAACAGGUGAUAGACUUAUUAGCUUUGGCCUACCCUGGCCCUGAUUUGUUCCUCCUGGCUAUUGAUUCUGAAAACAAAGGCUGUGAAGAUGUUGUGGAACAAAUGAGAAAACUCGAGAAAUUCUUUGGAAACUCAAUCAAACAUAAUUUGAUUGUCAUUUUUGAAAAACAAGAAUUGUACGAUUCAAUUCUUUAUCUGAAAGAUAACAACAUUCAGUUAGGAAUGCUCAAUGAAAACCUUGCCACUGACUGUAAGAUAUGGGGUGCGGCUCGUCCAUCAUUCCUGUAUGACUACAAAGAUCACAGUUGGCGAGUUAUAGAGCGAAGAAUGGAACAACUAAAGAUGACAAGGUCUUCAGAAGUGGAAACCAAGACAAGACCAGGACCUACAAAACUGGCUGGGAGAGGCAACAGAAUUGGUCAGACGCCACAACUGAUUGCAUCAUCUGACGCAACGGAUAUAGAUAAUGCAAGUCGAGGAGGUUCAAUCACCCCAAAGGAGCAUUUUCCACAUCCACGAAGAGCUGCAUAUCCUCGAAGUGGAGUGAACAAUGCCCGAAAGUGACUUCAACAUCAUAGUAAUGGGACGCUUUGGAACUGGAAAGAGUGCGUCUGCAAAUACCAUCUUGCAGACUGUUGAUGGAUAUAAAGAAAAGGGCUUCAAAUCUUUACCUAGAUCUAAACCGGUUACAACCACGGUUGAGGUGAGAAAUGUUAGGAAUCUGUUUGGAAGACCGGUAGAUGUGAUCGACACUCCAGACUUCUUCAGAGACACGCUACAUAAUUCUCAGAAGGAAGUAGACAAGUGUAAAUCCUACAUUACUGAGAAUUGUGUGAUAUUACUCGUAUUUCAGUCAGGUCGCGUUACAAAUUUUGAUAGUGACUUCAUGCAGAAGCUGGAGAGCAGUUUUGGUCAAAAUAUCAGAGAAAAGUCAAUUGUCCUUUUCACCCAUGGAGAUGACAUUGAUGAAGAACUUCAACAACACAUCGACCAAAAUCAUAAUCUCUCAGAAAUUGUUCAUAAGUGUGGUGGCUGUUAUCACCUAUUCAGCAACAAGUCAAAGGAUUCAAAACAAGUCAAAGAACUGAUUGAAAAGAUUCCUGAAUUCAAAAAAGCCCCCAAUCCAAACGAGAUUUCACGUCCUUUUCAAUAGUGUAGCUUGCUAUUGAUUUUAGUCCACUUUGCUGAAAACUCAACAGUAAAUUCAAAAAUGUGCUUGGUUUUACUCUGUAUAAUGAAUAAUAUUGUUCUUCCAGUACAAAGUCACCCAUCCUUUAUACCAGGGGUCGGCAACCUAUGACACGCGUGUCACCACUGGCACGCGAAGGGUUAACCAGUGACACGC